GGUAAGCGUUCAGUCGUACGGUAACCUUCGAUGAGGAAGGUCGCGUGCAAGUCAGUCUGAUUAAUUAUCAUUCGCGAUGAUUUGCCCGGGGGAUUAUGGUAGCACGUGCAAUCGUCUUUCGCGAUCGGUGAUGAUGCGCGUUUAAAGGAGACAGUGCGCGACGUUUGUGGCCGGGAACACGACCGAUUAUGCGGCGUCUGUCUUUGUGAUUCACUGCGUUGGAGCUGAAGCUGCGCUCCCGCGCUCAUUUUGAACGCAUCAAAUUCUUGUCACGUGUCACGUUGAAUUGUGACUGAUUUUAUUACUUUGAUUACUGCGUGUGUAUGUGCACGCGUCCGUGCGUGCAUACGUGCACGCGUGCGUACGUAUGCGUUCACGAGUAAUCUGUAAAAACUUGUAUCGUUUCUGGGGAGACGAAAUCUGUUUCGGAACAGUUAAAGUAAAAUUUAUUAUUUAAUAGAUUAUUACGAUCACGUAAAUUGAUAGUAUAAACAACAAAUUAUACAUCAAGUGCAAUUUAUAUCGCGGAGGACAGAGUGAAAUUAAGUUAUCAUGUCGAGAGAUCUGGGUGUCUGGCCGUUGAAUCUUGAUUAAGUUGAAAUCAAGGUCGAAUCUGUACUGGAGAAAGAAGCCAAUUAAUCUCGUUUAAUGCACAAACAAGUUAAUUAAAGUAUUCGUUAAAUCAAGCUCGGAUUUGACAGCUCUUUAAAUGAGGCUGUGACAGGACCGUAAUUAAGAAAAGGAAGAAGUUCCGGUUCAAUGAAGAGGGCAGAGUUAAAUCUUCAUUAAUUUAGAAGAGGUCACAAAAUCUCUACAUGAUGCGUAACCGAUACUUCGAUAUGUUUAUCGAUCGGCGGUGGGUGGCAUAUAUGACGCAAAAUUCGAAGUAGCUCUUACGAUUGUAAUUUUAAGAACGGAAAAUGUAUUGGAUAUUGUUGUUGAUAUUAUUAGUGCGUGCAAUAUGGUGCGCGCACGGCGCCUGCGAGCCGAUCAGAAUCGAGAUGUGUCGCGGUCUCGGCUACAACGUCACUGUCAUGCCGAAUCUAGUCGGUCACGAAAUUCAAGGCGACGCCGAUUUUACCUUACAGACGUUUAGCCCGCUUAUUCAAUACGGAUGCAGCGCGCAGUUGCAUCUAUUUCUGUGUUCGGUUUAUGCACCGAUGUGCACCGAAAAGGUGCCCGCACCCAUUGGACCUUGUCGAGGUCUAUGCGAGCAAGUACGAGCCCGUUGCUUUCCGGUACUUCAGGGAUUCGGCUUCCCUUGGCCUGCUGCAUUAAAUUGUUCCAAGUUUCCACCGGAAAACAAUCACCAACACAUGUGCAUGGAAGGACCGGGCGAGCCUGGGCCAGCUAAUCCUAUCCAAGCGGUGAGCGCUAGUAAUGGACCCUGGGGCUGUUCCUGGUACGCUAAAUCUGGAUUGUACAUCUUUCUGAAUCGCUCCGGAAGAUGUGCCGCUGCUUGCGACGCGGAUAUUCUGUGGUCCCAAAAGGACAAGGGACUUACAGAGGCCUGGAUGGUUGUAUUCACGACGAUUUGCCUCAUCUCCAUCGUGAUAGCUAUCUUGAUACUUCUAAAACCACGCAAACAGCCUGUACUGACCACUGCCGCAGAUCGUGCAAUAGUCUUCUUGACGAUCUGUCAUACGAUAGUCGCAAUCGGUUAUGUGAUCCGAUUGGCCGCUGGCCGGUUGAACGUCGCCUGCACGUCCGCGAUUCCACUGCAUCCGCAGGAGCAAAUUGUCUUGGCCCAACAGCAACAGCAACAACAGUACCUCACGCAAGACGGUUUAGCUAAUCCUUAUUGCGCCGUUGUUUUUCUAUUGCUUUAUUACUUUGGAAAUGCUGCGACUGUUUGGUGGGUCGUGAUAUGCGCGUGGUGGUGCAUAAUGGCCAGAAAGUGGACGAAGACGACCGGCAAGGAGGAUAGUUUAGGGCAAGGAUUCUCAACCAUCGCUGCUGUUUUGGCUUGGGGCCUCCCCGCCACGCACACUAUUGCUGUACUGGUUACAAGAGAUGUCGAUGCCGACGAGUUGACCGCAAAUUGCUUCGUUGGCCAGCAAAAUACGCACUCUCUACUUGUAUUAGUGCUAGCUCCGCAAUUCAUUUAUCUAUCAUUCGGCAUAACGUUUCUACUAGUGGGUUUAGCAUCAUUGACAUUGCCACGACGUCCGAUAGUGACGCAGACGUUGACAUCGGCAUCAUCAUCGUCGGCGACAACUGCGGCGGCGGCAUCUACGACGACGACAGCAGUUUUAACGGCGUUAACAACGUCCCAUACGAAUCCGCUGAUGCGUCAGCAGCGCGAGAUAUCCGGUAAAUCGUCGCCGGCCGAGAUCCAUCGGCGACAAAAGCAGCUGCUAAUCCGCGUCGGCAUUUUCACUUGCCUUUAUGCCGUUCUGAUAAUCUGCCUCGUCAGUAUAACUUUUUACGAAUGGUGGGGCAGAGAGAUGUGGCUCCGAGCACCGGAGCCAUCCACGGCACCGCGUGUGCCCGCUCGACCUGUGUUGCAAUUAUUCAUACUGCGACUGGUACUAACUCUUGGCGCCGGUGUCAUGGCCUCCGCGUGGAUCUGGUGGCCGGAAAUAACCAGCAUAUGCCGCAAACUGUCGCACUGCAAACAGCCACCACACAAAUGCCAUCCGGUGCCUGUUGUGCAUUGUUAUAGCGCCGGCACCGCUAGUCCCGUACCUCAUCAGAUUCAUCAUCUCAGUCAUUUGACGCCACCGCAACAUCCUUUGUUACAUCAACACGCAAUAACAAAUUCGCAGAUGCCACAUAGAAACUACAAAAAGUAUCGGAAACAUCGAAAACAUCAUUCCGGCAGCGAGACACAAGUCUGAAACUCGCAAUUACGCGAUGUAGCUCGUUAUUACAAAGUGCCUUAAAUAUGUAUUUAGUUUUUUAAAUAAUAUGUAGAAGCGAUACGAGCGUAAUGUAUCCCUUGCCUGCCAAUUUUUCAUGUGCAUGUAAAAUCAUUCGUUCUAAUUUAAGUUUUUUAUCGUAUUGUUCAUUUCAUAAUUUUUUAUUGAUGCAUUCUAUUCAUUCCACGUUCAUAAUGUAAAUUUAAUGACAUUUCUCUUCCUCUUAAGAUAGAACUGUGUGACGCAUCUUUAUCAUAAUUCUGCAAAUUUAUUAGAAAAUAGUUUACAUUAUUAAAUUACUGUAAAUGGUGCGUCUUCUAGAUACGUCAUUGAAUUUAUUUUCUGUAAUAUUCGACAACGAGGGGACGAUGAAUGCUAAAUUUAAACCUCGAAGAAUAGUCGUCGGAAGAGAAGAAUGCGUUUAUUUUCGUUUCCUACACGUGCAACGCCGUGAUCAUGUAAACGCAUAUGUAUAUAAAGCAUCGCGUAUAAUCCAUAAGUUUCGCUAUAAUACAUGUAAAUCGAUCGCGCUUUGAUUCUGUGAUGCAUAAUUUUCGACACGGUGCGAUCUUUAAAAUUCAUUUUUAGAAAAUUAAAUUCUAUUUCGU